AUGAAACUCAGCAAGAACUUCAAGAUCGACUAUUUUCGCAACCAGUUGCUGGCCUGGCGAAUCUGUGGGGCCUUACAUCUCAGCGAGGGUAACUACAAGAGUUGGGCCACCGUUUCGUGCAUCUUCAUUUUCCUGCCAGUACCCAUGUUAAUGAUGGUGCUGUUCAGCUUCGAUGAUCCGUUGGAAAAUAACUUCAGCUUCAGCCUGGCUAUCGUGGCAAUGGCCAAUUUCCUAAAGUAUUCUCUGUACGUUCCACAACUAAGCAAACUGGACGAGAUUCAGAUGCUUAUUGACCAGCUGGAUGACCGGGUAUCGGGAAAGGAUCAGAUACUUCGGCAUGGAAGAAUUAUCCAGCACAUGCAAAGGAUGUCCAAGCUUGUUCUGAUCUCAUAUGCCUUUGGGCUUAUCAGCGCGGCAGUUCCUUUUAUUUUCGAAAGUGGGCGCACCAUGCCCUUACCCAUGUGGCUUCCUUUCGAAUGGAAAGAUUCCAUAAUUGCCUAUACUGGAGCCUUGGCCUUUCAAGAGAUCGCGAUGUUCUUUCAUGUUGUGCAGAAUUAUGCAGGCGACUCCUUUCCUCCAAUAGCAUUGUUCAUGGUGUCCGAGCAAUGUCAACUACUGAUCCAAAGGAUUUCCAGCAUAGGUUAUCGUUUUAAGAAUCUGAAAAAGAAUGAACGGGACCUCGUAAACUGCAUUAGGGACCAAAACACGCUCUACAGCUUGCUGGAAUUGGUCCAAUCCAUGAUUUCCUAUCCGAUGAUGGUUCAGUUCUUAGUGACUGGCAUUAAUAUCGCAGUUACCUUGUUUGGACUGAUAUUUUAUGUGGUGCACUUAUCGGAUCGGAUUUACUACGUAUGUGUUCUCUUCGCACUUAUGGUGCAGACUUAUCCUUUGUGCUACUAUGGAACAGUUGUGCAGGAGAGCUUUGCGGAGCUCCAUUACGCAGUGUUCUGUAGCAACUGGGUGGACCAGAGUGCCACCUAUCGAGGGUAUAUGCUGAUCAUUGGGGAACGCACGAAGCGGCAGCAACUCCUUCUCGCCGGCAACCUGGUGCCCAUACACCUGAGCACCUUUUUGGCAUGCUUGAAGGGGGCAUACUCCUUCUUCACCCUGAUGGCCAACCGAGAUGGUCAGACCGCUUUUUAA